AUGCUCGAUACUUUAUGAAAUGAAACUCUGAGCUUCGAGCUUUUUGACAUCACUACAUUAAAUUGGUUGCAUAGUUGCCUGCCAUUGCUCAUCUAAUACUUGGAAAUAUAAUAAAAUCAGCACCCAAGCAAACCAACAAAAUGGAAGAUUUAAAACAAGCUAUUUUAAAUAUGAUGGCCGAACAAUUAGAUGAUGGGCUCAAACAAUUGGAAGAGGCGGCUGCCAAUUUGAGAAUGGAUCAGCCUGAGGGUUCUCAGAAUCAGCAAUUACUGGACGAUCCAAAACCUAUUACUGAGGAGAACAAGUUUGAAUUGAAUCAAACAAAUUUAAAUCUGCACGAAUUACAUAUGCUUAAAAAGGAGCUGGACACCCAAGUUGCCAUAAGUCGCCAUCAAAAUACAUUAAUCCAUGAUCUCAAAGGUCAAGCGGAACUUGAUUUGGCCAAAAUUUAUGAAUGCCAGACCAAGCUGGUCAAAAUGGAUGACAAAUGUUAUAAACUAGAGCGUAAACUGUUUAAAAUGCAGAAAAAAGAGAACCUUGGAGAAGAAGAACUAGGAGACGAAGAACUUGGAGAAGAAGAACUUCAUUUCCAAAUCGAUAAACUUCAAAAGGAACUGGAGGCAAAAGAUGAUAUAUGUCACCAGUUGGAGCAGCAAAUAUCCCAAGUAUAUGAGAAUCCAGAAUAUAUCGAAAUGCGCAAACAGUUACUUGAUCAUCUUAAGGAACAAGAAGAGCUGCAUUUGCAAGAAGUGAAUGAGCUUCGAAAGGAACUGGAGGCAAAAGAUGAUAUAUGCCAUAAGUUGGAGCAGGAUGUCGCCCAUGUUGGUGAAAAUCCAGAAUACAUUCAAAUGCGACAGCAGCUUCUCGAUCAUCUUAAUGAACAAGAACAACUGCAUUUGCAAGAAGUGAAUGAGCUACGAAAGGAACUGGAGGCUAAGGAUGUUAUAUGCCAUAAGUUGGAGCAGAAUGUCGCCCAUGUUGGUGAAAAUCCAGAAUACAUUCAAAUGCGACAGCAAUUGCAGGACACUAUUAAAUGUCAAGAAGAAGUUCAUUUACGAGACAUAAAUGAGAUGCGCCAAGAGCUGGAUCUUAGAGACAACAUAUGCUUGCAGAAGGAGCAGAAAAUAGAAGAUCUCGAGGAGCGUCUGGAAUUGAGUACUUCUUGUGACAUAUGCAUGGAAACUUUCAAUACUUCCAGUCAUCGCUUGGUAGCAUUGUCGUGUGGUCAUCUCUUUGGUGAGUCAUGCGUUCGAGAAUGUUUGCGCAGAAAUCCUUUAUGUCCAGAAUGUCGCACUCAUGUUUCAGUAAAUAAUAUGCGCUAUGUGUUUCCGCGUUAUUUGUAAUUUCUUUAAUCAA